AAACACAUGUUCGGAAUCCAGGAUUCACUGACCAGGGGUUCUACCAACCUCAAAGAGGAACCAAUAAUCACGGCGCAGGUCGGAUCGGCUGCCGUUAGAGCCGGCUGGAUGCAGCCAACCAUGGUCGAUCAAAGUGCCAGUUCGUGUGGGAUGGCCCGUGCUCACUUCGAAAAGCAACCUCCAAGUAAUUUACGAAAGAGUAAUUUCUUCCAUUUCGUCAUCGCCCUUUACGACAGAGCCGGUCAACCCAUCGAGGUCGAAAGGACAGCAUUUGUCGAUUUUAUCGAAAAGGACAGGGAGCCGGAUAACACAAAGACUAACAAUGGCAUUCAUUACCGUAUACAACUCUUAUAUCACAAUGGAGUACGAACUGAGCAGGAUCUAUAUGUGCGACUUAUCGACUCCAUGACUAAACAGGCCAUCGUUUAUGAAGGACAAGACAAGAAUCCAGAGAUGUGCCGUGUGCUACUCACCCACGAAAUCAUGUGCAGCCGCUGCUGUGACAAGAAAAGUUGUGGCAAUAGAAACGAGACUCCAUCGGACCCGGUGAUCAUCGACAGGUACGUGCAAUUAACCCUCUUUUAUCCUAGGUGGAUGCUGAUUACGUUGCUUCAAAAGUUUUAGGAAGAACUACAAGAUAUUGAAGGCAAUAAAUGUUCACUGGUU